GACGACGGCCGCCAUUAUCGUCGUCAUCGUCAUCAUCGUCAUGUUCCGUGUGGCGGCUCCCCAGCGGCUCCGGCGGGCGGCUUCACUCCUGCGACAUCAGAGUACACUGGUAAUAGCUGAGCAUUCAAAUGAUGCAGUAACACCCAUCACACUAAAUGCCAUUACGGCAGCCAAGCGCCUAGGGGGCGAAGUGUCUUGCUUAGUGGCUGGGACCAAAUGUGACAAGGUGGCAAAGGAUUUGAGUCAAGUAGCAGGUGUGGCAAAAGUUCUCGUGGCUCAACAUGAUACGUACAAAGGGCUCCUUCCAGAGGAACUGACUCCAUUGAUUUUGGCAACUCAGAAGCAGUUCAAUUACACGCACAUCUGUGCUGGAGCAUCUGCCUUUGGAAAGAGCCUUGUGCCCAGAGUAGCUGCUAAGCUUGAUGUUGCUGCAAUUUCUGAUAUCAUUGAGAUCAAGUCACCUGACACUUUUGUCAGAACUAUUUAUGCAGGAAAUGCUUUAUGCACUGUGAAGUGUGAUGAAAAAGUAAAAGUGUUCUCUGUGCGAGGAACAUCAUUUGAAGCUGCACCAACAAGUGGAGGUAGUGCCAGUACAGAAAAUGCUCCAAGCUCUUCACCAGCUGGGCUUUCAGAAUGGCUUGACCAGAAACUAACAAAAAGUGAUCGGCCGGAGCUAACAAGUGCAAAAGUGGUGGUGUCUGGCGGACGCGGUUUGAAGAGUGGUGACAACUUUAAGCUAUUAUAUGACCUUGCAGAUCAACUACAUGCUGCAGUUGGUGCUUCCCGUGCUGCUGUUGAUGCUGGCUUUGUUCCCAAUGACAUGCAAGUUGGACAGACGGGAAAAAUAGUAGCCCCAGAACUUUAUAUUGCUGUAGGAAUCUCUGGUGCCAUCCAACAUUUAGCUGGAAUGAAGGACAGCAAGACCAUUGUUGCCAUUAAUAAGGAUCCAGAAGCUCCGAUUUUCCAAGUGGCAGACUUAGGAAUAGUUGCAGAUUUAUUUAAGGUAGUUCCUGAGCUAACUGAACUGUUGAAGAAGAAAUGAAUCAUGCUUUUAAGGGGAAAGUAUCCUGCUGAAAUCACAGAAAUUCAGGGGCAUUGCACAGAAAUCAUUCAGAAAGCGUAGACAUCUAAUGGUAUAAUUUCUUUUUCAAAUUGCGAGAUGCCUGGAUUUCUUUUAUGAGAGUAUUAACAUUUUCUUUUUUCAAUCAUUUUUGGUUCCAAACAUAAUUAUUUUUAGAAGUUUUCUAAUUCUGUAAUAAAACUUAUAAUAAAAUACUCUAUGGCCUUAAAUCUGA